CUUGCGUAAUCCUCGCAUACUUCAGUGUGCCUGUCUCAUCCUACUGGUUGAGUCCUGACUGACCGGGCGCUGUCCACACCAGCAACAGAGACAAUGGCUGUUCCUCCAACAUAUGUAGAUCUGGGCAAGUCUGCCAGGGACAUCUUCACCAAAGGAUAUGGUUUUGGUCUUAUUAAGCUGGACUUAAAAACAAGGUCAGAAAAUGGACUGGAGUUCAAAAGCUCUGGCUCAGCUAACACAGAGACCAGUAAGGUGGCAGGGACGCUGGAGACCAAGUACAAGUGGGCAGAACACGGGCUGACCUUCACUGAGAAGUGGAACACCGAUAAUACUCUCGGUACGGAGAUAAUUCUAGAGGACCAGUUGGCCAAAGGGCUGAAGCUGACAUUUGAUUCAUCAUUUUCUCCAAACACUGGCAAAAAGAGCGGUAAGAUCAAGAGCAGCUACCAGCGUGAGCACAUUAACCUGGGCUGUGACGUGGAUAAUGACAUCAAUGGCACUACGGUGCAUGGAGCUGUGGUGGUGGGCUUGGAGGGCUGGCUUGCCGGAUACCAGAUGACUUUUGAGGCCGGCAAGAACCGCAUCUCUCAGAGCAACUUUGCUGUUGGCUACAAGACUGAUGAGCUCCAGCUCCACACAAAUGUGAAUGAUGGUACAGAGUUUGGCGGUUCCAUCUACCAGAAAGUCAGUGAUAAUCUGGAGACAGCAGUGAAUCUGGCCUGGACCGUUGGCAACAGCAACACUCGCUUUGGCAUCGCUGCCAAGUAUCAGAUCGACGAUGACGCUUCCUUCUCGGCCAAAGUGAACAAUUCCAGCCUUGUUGGCCUGGGAUAUACUCAAACCUUGAAGUCUGGAAUUAAGCUGACCCUCUCUGCUCUUCUGGAUGGGAAGAACAUCAAUGCAGGCGGCCACAAGCUGGGUUUAGGUCUGGAGUUUGAAGCAUAGGAUACUCAGGAUUGCAGUGAUCCUGAAUUUAUUUUUUGAAUACCUUACCCUCACAAACCCUGUUUUUCUUAGAUGCCCUGGCUAAGGAAACGUAUUAUACUCGGUCAAAUUAUGCAUUGGUGGUGGCUCACUGUUUCAGAGAGUGGAACAAAUAUGUAUUUAUGAAUUAGCCUACACUGAUAGGUCACACAGAACAUACAAAGAGCAUUUGUGAAGUUUAUAAAUGGCUUAAAAUGUAUUUUCAAUACACUACAAAUAACAUUAUUUAUUACAGUGUUGUUGAACAUGUUAGAAUAUUUUACAAAUGUUACAUUUUUUUGGGAGGUGGUGAGGAAUAGUUGUCUGGAAAUGAUGCUUGCAUCAGAGAUCACUAAUACUUGAUCACAACAUUCCUGUUUCUGGGCCCAAAUACAACCAAUUUCACUCUGCGGGCUGCUGUUGGAGCCCUUCGCAUUUGUAGACACCAAACUUUGUGUGUGUAGUGUUUUUGUUGGGGGGGUGAGAGAGAAUCCACUUAAGUAUCUUGUCCAUUUGUUACAUAUGAUAUUGUUUUACUGCUGAAUACCGCCUCUACAUUUUUAUGGCAAACCUACUUCAGCUGUCCCUGAACAAAAGGAGUUUUGAAACAACCUUCAGAUGUAUCGGGGAUGAUCAUAAAACCAUUAGUCUUCCAUUUUAAAUGUAGGUUUAGAAUACUGUUGAUUUAGCAGUAUGUGUACUUUAAGUUGAAUAAAACAUUUCAACCUGUGUGUGUAUAUCAA